GAAGCGUAAGGAGAGACGCGGUCGGCUGAGAGCUGGGUGGAGCGUACCAAGAGCAGGUGUUUCCUUCAUGUAGACCGCGGGGCGGUUUCAGCAUCUCCAUCUCCGACACCGUCAUUACCGCCCUGCCUGUUUUUAUUUACAAUUCUAUAUUUUCAGUUUUUUUUGUGUAUUUCCAUUAGACGUCGUUUUGUGUGUGAUAAGGAGACAUAUUCGAGUAAAGACACCCCUAUUUUCUUAAUCAUAAUUACUAGUGACCUGUCUAUGUGACAGGCGCUUUGAAAGCCAGAGAAUAAAUAUUUGAAUAAUAUCAUUCUCAUAUUCAGAUUUUUUUUUACCCCCCUUGCGAUUAAAAACAAUGUCAGUCACAUUUUCAUCAACACGGCCGAGAGGGAAAGGUGAAGUGACCCAACAGACGAUACAGAAGAUGCUGGAUGAAAAUCACUAUCUGAUUCAGUGCAUUAUGGACUAUCAGAGCAAAGGAAAGACUGCGGAGUGCACACAGUAUCAGCAGAUUUUACACAGAAACCUGGUUUACUUGGCCACGAUCGCAGACUCCAACCAAAACAUGCAGUCCCUCUUACCCGCGCCUCCGAACCCCGGGAUGAGUAUGGGUGGAGGCGGGAUGGGAGGGAGCAGUGCAGCAGGGUCUCUACACUCUCAGAGUAAUCUUAAUGACAGCAUGGCUCCUUCCUCACUAAUGCAGAGUCAGAUGAGUAACGGCCCGAGUCACACCCCCAUGCAGCAGCAGCAGCAGUCCGGCCCUUCCACCUCGUCCAUGAGCUCCGGGUCGAGCUUCACUCACUCAGUGCCCUCAUCCUCAUCGUCACUGGGCACAGCACUGUACCCAUCCUCCCGCACCAACCUCAACAUACAGUCCAGCCAAGGGGUUCCAAAGUUCCUGUGCUUGAAUAAGAAAGCAGAAGACAGCCAAAGACAAACACAUUCAGUUCAUCAUGUCUCUAUGAUGCAUCAGCAAGGUUCAGGACCCCAUUACUCCUCUUCUGGAGGUCAGCACUAUCAGGGGCAGCAGACCAUAGGCAUGAUGGGACAAAGUAAUCAAGGCAACAGUAUGGUCCCACAAAGGCCUGUCGGAAGCUAUCGUCCUGCUCAGCAGGGAUCGCAGUACAUGGGUCAGGAGGAGUUCUACGGAGAGCAGUACGGACACACUCCGAGCUCCAGCGAGCCUAUAAACCAGCAGUAUUACCCUGAUGGUCACAGUGAAUACUCGUAUCAGCAGUCUUCUUAUGGCGAGCAGAGUUACGAGAGAUCGUUUGAAGAGUCAUCACAACACUAUUAUGAAGGCGGAAACCCUCAGUAUAGCCAACAGCAGUCACAAUAUCAGCAGAGCUCAGGUCAGCAGCAGCCAUUCAACCAACAACAGUACCAAUCACAGCCAGGAUACAGCAGCCAAGGACAGGGUUACGGUCCAGGACAGGGAGCUCCAUCUCAGUACUCUCAGUAUCAGCAGGGUCAGAGUCAGCAGUAUUCCUCAUAUCGAUCCACACAAUCUACCCCUGGCUCUCAAACGCAGAGGUCGUACACGUACGAACAGGGUCAGUAUGGAAACUACCAGCAGUAAUGAUACUUCUACAAGUCGACCAUUCGGCAAACCAAUCAAAUGAACAGGAUCGCAUAUACUGUGUUAAGCUGACCAUUGUGUCGUGAUGACCAAUGAGAAACUAGGCUUGUCCAAAAAAAAAAAUAAUAAUAAUUCAGCUUCCAUCUUCUUAUGCAGACUGAGAUCGGAAACCACUCUCACUGUCUGUCUAUUUAACAAUUUAAUAUCCUGGCUACUUUCUUUCACCUACCUCCUCUUUAUUUCUCAGAGGGAUUUAGAGCUUAUGUCUCUGUACAGAGAUAAGGUAUAUAUGAGACAAAACAAAACAGACUAACGGUACAAAUUCUACUGAAUAUGUUCAGCAUCUGUUUAUAUAAAGUGUGUAAAAAUAAGUGUGUGUUAACAUUCCUAGUGUCCAUCAGAUGGAGUUACGUGUCACGUGUUAAAGGUGCAGGAGUUUGCUAGUUUCGUGUACUGUUACCAACACCUCAGUAAGGGGUCCCCCCCCCCCCCCCCCCCAAUUUUUCUCUAUUUAAUUCUUUCUAUUUUUAUAGCUGUUUUUACAAUUUUCAAAAGAAGCAGUUUAAGAAUGUGCACCGAACCCAACAUUCUCCGACCAAUUGCAACAAUCACACACCAGCCUCCACUUAACACCGGUGUUCUCCAACAAGCACCGCCAUUCACCAUCCAAUACCAUUAAACAGCACCAAUUCGACAAUAUUCAUCAAACACCAACGUUCUUCAUUAAACACCAACGUUCUUCAUUAAACACCGAGAAGUCACCAAUAUUUAUCAAACACCAACAUUUGCCAUUUAACACCAUUAAACACCAACAUUCUUCAUUAAACACCUACAAUUCACCAGUAUUCAUUAAAUACCAACAUUCUUCAUUAUACACCAACAAUUCCCCAAUAUUCAUUAAACACCAACAAUUCACCAAUAUUAAUCACACCAACAUUUACCAUCCAACCUCAUUAAACACCAACAUUCUUCAUUAAACACCAACAUUCUUCAUUAAACACCGACAAGUCAACAUUCUUCAUUAAACACCGACAAGUCAACAAUAUUUAUCAAACACCAACACUCUUCAUUAAACACCAACACUCUUCAUUAAACACCAACACUCUUCAUUAAACACCAACAAUCUUCAUUAAACAUCAACACUCUUCAUUAAACACCAACACUCUUCAUUAAACACCAACAAUCUUCAUUAAACAUCAACACUCUUCAUUAAACACCAAGUCACCACCCUAAACACCAUUAAACAGAGGCAUUCACCAUAUAACACCAUUAAACAACACUAUUCACCAAUAUUUCAAAUCAAACACCAAUAUCCAACACUGUAAAAACACCAACAUUAUUCAUUAAACACCAACAAUUCACCAACAUACAUUAACUUUCCAUCCCUCACAAGAGCAACACGAUUACACAACAGUUUAUUUGUUGGCAUUUGAAAAAAAAAAAAAAAAAAAAAUUAUAAUUCAGGUUAUCUAUAUACCCGGUGUGAAAUUCUGUAAUGUUUGUACCUGAUUUGUUCUGAUAUAUUUGCUAUAUUACGCACACUAAGUUUGAAUUUUAUUGUCUCUGCUCCAUCUGUACAUAAACUGUGAAGAAGUGUGAAAAUAUGGAAAAAUGAUAUCAUGGUUAAAUUGAUUUAUCACUCGAUUACUCGCUCAUAUAUGUGCUUUAUAUGUACAUUAUUGCUCAUUUCCUGUUCUUUUGUGAAUGGUUCAUAUUUUAUACAAAGUAUUCACUCAACAUAAUAGCCCAUAACUAGGCGUGUGCCUAUAUAUAUAUAUAUAAAAAAAAAUUAUAAUCACAGUAAUCAUUCUAACGCGUUAACGUUUCUAUAGUAACAACAUGCCCAGGGACUUGUAUAGUGGACGUGCCACAUAAACAGAUGAUAUGGUAAAGUUUUCUGUCAAGUAUUUUUGGAAGGAGUCUCCAGUGUCAGCACUUUGUAUUACGGUCAGAGGGAAAGAUGUAUCUUUUUAGUUUUCGGACAUGGGAAAAGUCUUCAGUGCAGAGGAAACUACUGUUUAUAGCUGCUAUAGCAUAACUUCGGGUUUCGUGGACGUUCCACAACAUAAAUGUUACUAGAAAUGGAUAACAUUAUGACAUGUCAUCCUUUAAUAAAUAAAAAUCGUUAGCACUGGCGAAUUGCUGUGCUUUAGGAGAAAUAAAACGCUUUGGAACAUGCAUCUUUUGGAAAAGAAUCAACGUUGUGGUGGUAACUGGAACUCAACCACCGUUGUUGAUUAUGCUCCUAUAACAUGUCCCCAAGUGUUUUAUUUUUUUUUUUUUACUUAUCAGCACAUAGCCACCUGCAACCAGAUAAGUAAUUUUGUCUGUUUAUGAAAAAAUCUUCAUAUUAUUUUUACUUUUUUUUUUUUUUUUUUUUUUUUUUCUUUUCCAGAAGUAGAAUGAACAUAUUUAUCAAAACUAGAUAUUCAUUGUCUGGUUUAGCACGACCUCAUAUGAUAAGUCUUAAUAGCUGUAUUUUACUCAUUUGUUGCAGUUUUUUAAAUUUGUUUUUAUCCGUAUAUUUUGACAUUUUAACUGUAUUUUUAUUUAUUUAUUUUUUAUUUUUUUAUUUUUUUUACAAAUACAGUUGUUGUUGUUGUUGUUGUUGUUAUUUUUACAGGAUUCCAAGAACACAGAAGAUUAAAUCUGUGACCAAUUAUAGCCAAAGCUUACAACCUGUAUGUUUUAUAUUUUAUAUAUAUUUUGAAUUAAACAUUCUUUUUCAAUGUAAUUUCAUUUUAUGAAUGUAAUGCUUAUUUUAUAUAUAGGUUCAGAGUGGGGAUUAGAUUUAUUUUCGUCCAGCUUUGCAGACGGACCGAGUCUUUGUUAUAUAAGGGAGACUAGUGUUUGUUUUAAAGAUUUAAUAUCUAUUUUUUAGUUCUUUGCUUCUUUAGUUGUGUUAAUUUCCUUACUGUUGGACAUGGAAUGAUUUGUUUCCAUGGAAUUAUGAUUUUUAUUAGUUUUUCCACUGGUCCAAAAUAAUAUUUGUAGGCAUUUAUUUAGUUAUAUAGCCGUUUGAUUUACAUUUCCUGUAACAACAGUUUCAUAUUAAUAUUGCAUAUGGAGUCAGAAUGUCAUUAUAUUACUAAUGCAGGGAUAAUUGCAGGUUACAUAUGAAUUUAUUUCCACGUUUGAAAAGUUUUGUUUCAGAGAUAUGAAUAUAACAUUUGAUGAAAUACAUUUUAACAACUAACUUCUUCUCCAUUACUUGUAAUAUACGUAUGGUUUCCUUUCGUUACGGUUUGGUAGAAAAACAAA